UUUGAAGUAGAAACAGACGUCCAGUUUGAAUGCAUAUUGAAAUAUUAUUUCAUAUUGCUGCCAACAUGAACUAGAGAAGAGAAACGUUACUGCUGAUGUCAAAAUGAAUGUUUCUUGUAUUCUACCGAGGUAUUUAAUGUCUGGUUUAAGAAGCAAGUUUUCUCGAUUGCUCGUCAGAACCAGUACCUUCAACCCACCUGUCGUAGAGACUGUUCCACGUUACCAUGACUACUCGUCAGUAAGGACGAAAUACACCUUAAGUUACAUCCAUGGUCAUGACGUCAUUUCCAAUUCACCUGUUCCUCCCAUGAAGACUAUUGGUGAGUUUAUUGAUGAGAGUGCUGAGAAGUAUCCUGAUAACGAUUGUGUCGUCUUCUCAGAAACUGGUCAGAGGCAAACAUUUCAACAAAUCAGAGAUAAGGUUGAUCGUUUAGCUGCUGGUUUAGUCUCUCUUGGAGUAGUAAAAGGUGAUAGAGUUGGUAUCUGGAGUCCAAACACCUUAGAAUGGAUCUUAACUCAGUAUGCUACAGCUAGGAUUGGUGCAAUCCUUGUUAAUCUAAACCCAGCUUAUCAGAUCACUGAGAUUGAAUACACACUCAAAAAGGUUGGUCUUAAGGUUCUGAUAGCGCCUGAGAAUUUUAAGACCCAACAUUAUUAUAAGAUGGUAACAAACCUCUGCCCCGAGAUGACGUCCAUGAAUGGAGCUGGUAAAAUCAAAAGCAAAUGCCUCCCUGAUCUAGAGUCUGUAAUCGUCUUUGACAGCGAGAGUGUAAGUUUACCAGGGGCUUAUGCUAUCAAUGACGUCAUGGAUAUGGGACGAACUGAGCAUUAUGACAGCAUUGAUCGCUUAAGGAAAAGUCUCCAAUCUGAUGACGUCAUCAAUAUCCAGUUCACUUCGGGUACCACAGGGAUGCCUAAAGCCACCUGUUUGACUCAUUACAAUCUGAUAAGUAAUCUCAGCAUUCAAUCAUUCGUUCAUUCGGUGAAAUGUGAACAGGUCAAUUGUUUGCCUUCUCCCUUGUUUCAUACCCUUGGUAUGUCGACAUCGCUCUUCGGUAUGAUGAGGGGUAUGACCACGGUGUACCCAUCAGCUGGUUAUAAUAGUGGAGAUAUACUUCGUGCUAUUCAAGAUGAGAAAUGUUCACAUUUCUUCGGCCCUCCUACCAUGCUGAUUGACAUGUUACAUCAUCCAGACUUUGUGACCUUUGACCUUAGUAGUUGGAAGACUGUGUAUACUGGUGGUAGCCAUAUACCAAUUGAGAUUAUUAGACGAGUAGCUGAAGAAGUACCCUCCAUCAACGAAUUACUUUUGGUUUAUGGAAUGACUGAGUCUACAGGAGCCACAUGCUCGACCCUUAAUAGUGACCCGGAAGAAGUUCGUUACUCCACUGUUGGAAGACCCAUGCCAUGGAGUGAGAUGAAAAUAUCGAAUCCAUCAACUGGUGAUGUAGUCUCUGUAGGAGAGCAAGGUGAACUUUGCAUCCGGGCUCCUUGGGUGAUGGUUGGUUACUGGGGUGAUGAAGAGAAAACAAAAGAAACAUUAGAUGAUAAAAGAUGGCUCCAUACAGGAGAUUUAGCCAAAAUGGAUUCUAAUGGUUACAUCAGUAUUGUAGGUAGAAUCAAAGAUGUUGUAAUCAGAGGAGCAGAAAAUAUAUCAACUAUCCAGAUUGAACAAUGUCUUCAUACCCAUCCUAAAGUAGAAAAUGUUCAGGUUGUGGGUGUACCUGAUGAGAGAAUGAUUGAAGAACUCUGCGCAUGCGUAAAGCUGAAGGCUGGAGAAUCCUGCACAAAAGAAGAAAUUCAAGAGUUUUGCCGAGGGAAGCUAUCUCAUUACAUGGUUCCACGAUAUGUUGAGUUUGUGAAGACGUUUCCCCUGACCACAUCUGGAAAGGUAAAAAAGUUUCAGCUCAAAGAAGAAAUGAAACAAAAACUCAACCUUGAGGAGAAUAGAGACUGAAGAAAACGUAAAGCUUAUAUACGCGUUUGUUAUCUACCAUAAGACUGGAUAAGGUAUUAUUUUCAAUAAACGGCACUAUCAAAGAAUAGGAAUUAAUGAAUAAAGAAAAGGAGCUGAAAUAUAUCAGUAAA